CUCCAACACUCGAUGAUACCUUUGGUAAGAGGUACCUAACCUCGACAAAGCCUGGCGGCCACAGUUAUAGUGGUUCAAUGCCAGUAUCACAACCAUGCAUAGCACUUUCUUAGGGGAUCUAGCUGCACCCACACCUGCCUACCUAGCUCGCCGAGGUACCUAAGCCGUACCCCAUCCCUGUCUGUCUGUCUGUCUUUCUGUACCUGGCGCAUGGCAUGGUCAGGUAAGGCACCGUGACACGUUUAUUGGCGACCAACAACUGUACCUACCUCUUCUCAUCACCGCCUCUCCAAGUCUUGAUUCCUCCCCUGUCCCUACUAUCACCAACCUCUCUCUCUUUCUUUAUACUCUAUACAGCCGCAACUUUCGUUACAGAAUACGCCGAUAUGCUUCAGGUGCCUCACCGUGAAAAGGCCAAUGGUGCUGCCGGCAAGGACACCAAGGCCGUCAUCUUGGUCGGCGGCCCGUCCCGUGGCACACGGUUUCGACCUUUGUCUCUUGAUGUUCCCAAGCCUCUCUUCGACGUCGCCGGUCAUCCCAUCCUCUGGCAUUGUCUCACUGCCAUCGCGAAAGUGCCCUCCAUACAAGAGGUGUGCAUGAUUGGUUACUACGAUGAGUCUGUUUUCAAGGAUUUCAUCAAGGAGGCCGCGACCGAAUUCCCAAACCUCCCUAUCAAAUAUCUCCGCGAAUACCAAGCUUUGGGCACCGCUGGCGGCCUGUAUCACUUCCGAGAUGCCAUCCUCAAGGGCCGACCCGAACGCAUAUUCGUCCUCAACUCAGAUGUGUGCUGCUCGUUCCCCCUGAAUGACAUGGCGAAACUCUUCGACGACAAGGAUGCCGAGGCUGUUAUUCUAGGUACCCGCGUAAGCCAAGAUGCCGCCACCAACUUCGGUUGCAUCGUCUCGGACCAACACUCCCGCCGUGUCCUGCACUAUGUCGAAAAGCCCGAGAGUCAGAUCUCCAACUUGAUCAACUGCGGCGUCUACCUCUUCAGUGUUGACGCCAUUUUCCCCAGUAUCAAAAGUGCCAUUAAGCGAAGAACUGACCGUCCCCGUCUCGUGUCAUACCCUUCGUCAGACAACCUCGAGUCAAGUUUCAUGGCCGACGAAGACGAGGAGAAGAAGAACGAAGUUAUCCGCCUCGAGCAAGAUAUUCUCAGUGAUCUUGCCGACAGCAAACAAUUCUUUGUCCACGAGACCAAGGACUUCUGGCGCCAGAUCAAGACAGCCGGCUCGGCCGUCCCAGCCAACGCCCUCUAUUUACAACAGGCCCAGCAGUCUGGCUCCAAGGAGUUAGCUAAGCCGUCGCCAAACAUCAUAGCCCCCGUCUUCAUACACCCAUCCGCGCAAAUUGAUCCCACAGCCAAGCUCGGUCCUAAUGUCUCAAUCGGCCCUCGCGCUGUCAUUGGUGCCGGUGCCCGUGUAAAGGAGUCGAUUGUCCUCGAGGACGCCGAGAUCAAGCACGACGCUUGUGUCCUCUACUCUAUCGUCGGUUGGAAUAGUCGUGUUGGUGCUUGGGCUCGUGUAGAAGGUACCCCUACUCCAGUGACGAGUCACAGUACAAGCAUUGUCAAGAACGGCGUCAAGGUUCAAAGUAUUACUAUUUUGGGCAAGGAGUGUGGUGUUGGUGAUGAAGUCCGUGUGCAGAACUGUGUCUGCCUUCCCUUCAAAGAGUUAAAGAGGGAUGUCGCUAAUGAGGUCAUUAUGUAAUGGGUUGGCUUGUGAGAAAAUGCGAUUUUGUUUCCAAAUGCGGUGCAUUAUAUGGGUUUCCAUGUCGGUUUCCAAAACAGGCGGGAGAAAAGGCGUAAGCUUUCAAAUGUGCACUAGACAAAUGUUUCUCAGAAGCGAACAAUUUCAGAUCAGUCUUGAAUGUCCCUCGUUGCUCCAUGGUUGAAUUCUGCAAUAUGAAAUGUUUCAUUGUUCAUCACGAUUCCCUCUACACAGUCAUAAUAGUGCAUAUAUAUUUCCUCGGUCAGCAAUAAGAUUCCAGCUAUUACAGCCCCGGAAUGGAACUGCCAUCUUAUUGCAAGGGGUAAGGAUACUUGUCCUCAAAUUGUAUACGAUAUUA